CUGCUGUCUCUUGCAUCAGUACCACUGUACACCCGACUCACUACCUCAAACACCGUUAGCAUUAAUGCCCAGCAACUUCACCACUGCCAUGGAGGAGCCCAUCUCCCCCAAUACAUCCCUCUGGAUCUUCGGAUAUGGCUCCUUGGUCUGGAAACCAGACUUUGAAUUCACCUCCAGUAAAGUGGGUUUUAUCCCUGGGUACAGCCGCAAGUUCUGGCAGGGAGACUCCUUUCACAGAGGCAGCCCACAAAUGCCUGGCCGAGUAGUCACCUUACAAGAAGACUAUGAGGAAUGCACAUGGGGUGUGGCUUAUGAAGUGCGUGGUGAUCAAAUUGAGUCAAGCCUGCAGUACUUGAAUGUGCGAGAGUCAGUUCUUGGUGGCUACAUCACCAAAUUGGUCAAAUUCUACCCUCAAGAUGAAGGAGAAGAAGCAGCAGUGCUGGCAUUGGUAUACAUUGCCACUCCAAAAAACCCAAGCUACCUAGGGCCUGCUUCCGAAGACGACAUUGCAGCUCAAAUAAUAGUAUCAAGUGGGCGAGCUGGACACAACAUUGAGUAUCUGCUUCGCCUGGCAGACUUUAUGCAUAACUACUGUCCAGAUGCAGAAGAUAAACAUCUGUUCUCUAUAGAAGAAGCUUUGGUGGCCAUCCUUCCAUGCUUCUAUAGCAACGAUGACCCACUGGCUGUCCUCUGCUAAAAAAAACAAAAACUUGUCAAAUUCAGUAGACUGUUCUCUUCGGAAAUCCCAAACCACCAAGCCACAUCUCGAUCACGUGAUAACCACAUUCGUUUUCAACCUAGAUGUUGUCCACAUUACUGUCCAAACUGCACUGAACACUGGAAGACAGCUACAGUCAUCCAGUAGAAAAGAUCAAACUACAAAGUUUAUGUCUGUUACUAUGGUAUCAGUAAUGUGAGAAUGGAAGCACCAUAUCCCAAUCUCUGAUCUGUUGGUUGGUCUCGAAAGUCCCAUAAGCAACGAUUAUGUUUACUAGUGUACGCGAAUAUAUAAUGCCUCUUGUUGAUUUCUUUUCUGAAAGGGCAACCAGUAUUUUUCUUCUUUUUUUUUUUUUUAUUUUUUUUUCCCCUUAUUAUAUGUAUCUCCCAGUUUAGCAGGCCCAUAUCUGGGAGUCAUACAUCAUAAAUCUACCUCUGGGCUUAAGAGCAUUUUGUUUUUGUGACACGUACAUUCUGAAUUUUAACGGUCCUCAUCACUUGCUAAACAAAGCCAAUUUACAGCUCUUGGUGAAUUAUUCCUGUUUUGACCUUCCCAGCCACUGGUUGGCAAUUUGGGCAGCGCUAGUCUUCAAAUGCUACUGCAAGGGCAGAUUUUAAGGAUAAUCAAAAACUUAAAAUUUGAACCACCAGUGGCAUUUAAGGAACUGGGCUACCUAUUACUGCACUACAUUGAAGGCCAUAAUUAAGUUUUUCGCUAUUUGCGGCACUUCUGUUUUUCCAUGAAGUCCUUUUAAUAUGAUUUGCAGCAACAGCCUGUACGUUUCCUAAUUUUGUUGAGAAAAGAUUUGUGGGUAAAGAAGGUUUAAGUGACAAAAUGGCCCACUGUUGCCUUAAAAGGUCAACAAAAUGUUCUAAUAAGAUUUUAGCAGAUCUGAACUUUUGUGUACAUGACUGAAUGUGACCCAUAAACAAAACUAGCCAUUCUAUGAAGUCUGAUAAGUUGUACAUAUUUGAAUAGAAAUGUUUUUAUUGUUUUGUACAGUUGCCAUAAAAAUCUAAAUUGUCUGUUCAAAGAUAAUUCAGUAAUGUUUGAAUUGGGUUUUGCUGCUACUUGACAGGACUCUCGGCGUAUUAAGAAAUCCUGUCUCAAAUGGUUAAUCUGAAUUAUUUGUCAAAGGGAGAAUGUGCAAUAUAGAGUGGAACAAUUGGAUGCAAAUUCAUUUUUUUUUUUUUUUUCUCCAGAAUUAUGCCAAGGACACUGGUCACAGUAUGCAUUUGCAGUAAGAUUUAAAAUAAUUAAUACAAAUUGUAUUAUUAGUUUGGCAAUGUCACAUUGAAAAAAAGUGCCCCUUUCUUUCUUUUUUAUUUUUUUUUUUUCAAAAUAAAACUUCCUAAGCAGUAUGUGGGCUUCAAUCUAACAUUCCAUACCUACAUUUCUCUGCUGUGGCAUAUCCUAUGCAAAGAAUGGUCUAAAGGUAGUUCACAAGUUGCUGUAGAACGAAUCACUUAGUGUUGGCAAAGCAUUAUGGGAGAUGUAGUUCUGUGACAGCUGAAGCUCUUCCUUUUGACCACAACUUUCCCAUGCAUUACAGAGUAUUCCUUAAUACUGUAAAAUACUUCUGCUUCUAAUUCGUCCAUUUUUUUCCAUAUGUAUCUGCAGUCUGUAGGUGGGUUGGUACCCUUGGCAUUCAUUGGCUCCAUUUUGGAUUUAAUCCGUUGCUCCACUUGAAAGGGGCAUAGCCUGCUCCUUAAUAUGUAUUUUACUGUAUAUUAUAUUUCUUUUUUUUAUACAUCUGUUCAGUAAUAAACUGAUAUCAUA